AUGAAGAUGAUGGACCAGAAUAUGGCUAGCCUAGCUGCUCUUGAGGUAGCUUCGCAUAUGCUUUAUGACAACACCGCUCUGCAUAUGGGCAACGUUCUUGAAAGUGAUGGGGACUUCAUUGCUGUUCCUUAUGGGAUUACAGGCAAAAUGGCAGACAGUUUGCCGCAAGAAUGGACAAGUCCGCCUGGUGGCGCUGUAAUCUCCAGUCAGGCACGGCCUCCUUUAGCUCUGCCACCGAGAGCUGUAAGCAAACCCAAGGAGGACACGGAAAAUAAUGCCAACGCAGCCCCGCCAAUGGCAAGCCAAUCAGACAAGAAAGACCUGCUAGUAAUUGAUACUUCUAGUGACAGGACGAUUACUUUGGGUGUAGUUACCGACCCUGUUCAUCCGAGGUCUGGAUACAGGGCAAGGAAGCAUCCACGCGAUGCUACUAGAAAACACGGGAAGCUGCAACGCAAUCAUGCUAGUUCGUUUGAUCUUCUCACUCCAUCAAUCCGUAGUUCAGUAGGGCCGGCUCGGAAAGCCAUCAGAAACUCGCUGUGGAGGCUGAAGCAGAAUUCAGGAUUGAAAUCAGUAGGCUAUGAAGGGCAUAUUCCAGAGGAGACCAAUGCUGAACUGAUCGGAAACAAGGCGGAAAAUAAUAACUGGAUGCUGGAUUCCGAGGAGCAGUCCAACACUCAGGGCGGCUUGGUCGUGCCAACACUGCACUCCAAAAGCUGUGCGCCUUCUUUCAGCUCUUUGAUCCAGCAAAAUUCUGAGGGCAAGCCGGCAGGGAAAGCAGUCUCGGUGGAAAACUCGUCUGACGAGUUAGCUCUGUCGAGGCAGACUUCAAAUGUGGAAAGUGAUGUUAAUCGCAGUACGAGGGACAUUACCCUAAGUGCUCAGUCCCAGGACGGAAAGUCGAUGACAAGACCCGCGGAAACACCUGAUGCUAAAAGGGUCUCGUGUAACGCCGGUGUGUGCCUUGCUUGUGGAAGUGACGUCCAAAUGCCUAAAUGUGCGCUCUGCAAGCAGUGUGGGCUACGAAGCUGGGAAGACGAUAGUCGUAAUGGGCCUUUAGACGAACUGAAAGCAUAUGCCCAAAGCUUUGCGAACAGUGUUAAGAAAAUUCUUCUGAAUUCUCCAAUUUCAGAGAUGAGCAGUGACAUUUUGCAUGGCUCCACUCCAGAAUGGAAGAGUGAAGAAAAUGCAAAGAGCACUACACUAGAGGAGAUCGUGCCUAAGAAGCAUGGGCCAGAAAUAGGACUGAACAGAUACAUGACGGAGAUCAACAUGGUCAGCCACGCAGAGCCCCGCUCGAAAAGUUUGCACAGUAAGAGUUUGUCUUACGAUGGGCGAGUCGGUUUAUCCAUGGAGGAAAAAGGUGUACAUUCGUCAGUGCAUUGGAUAAAUCACGACAGGAUCAAAACAUCUGACAGCUUGUCGAAGAUAGCUGAUUACAGGCAGUCGCGUGUAGAAGGAGAUAGCUCGUACGCUGGAAAAGAAGAAAAAGCGUUCCUAGUUUACGAGGGAGAUAGAAACAGAAUCAGCAAAGCUGAAAAACUAAAAACCAAAGUCUUUGUCAAGCAGCUAGCUCGUGUAGAAAGAGCCAGAACGGACGGUGAUCUUAGGACCAACAAUCUGCAGCCAACGAUGCCGAAUAAGAAACCAGCUAAGGACGAGUCUAAAAAAGGUUUUGAGUUCCAGCGAAAUAGAAGUAAAACUUUCCACGAACUAGAAGCAGAUUUUGAAGACGAGGACAGCUGUUCUCCACAGCGUGAGAUCGUAACGGAUAUUAAUAUCUGCAGGCUGAAAGUCAUUCACGAGGGAAGCCCAGUGGACCCUCCAAACACUGCAGACUGCAGAAAAGGUGACGAUGGGAAAGGUCGCAAAGCAAUGUUCAUUCGUAGCGCAACCGCGCCUUACAAGAACCAUCUACCGCGGAAAGAGAUGCCAACAAGUUUAACUGUGCUGGACAAUGCGGUCAGAGCUAACACUAAAAUUACGGUGAGGACCAAUAAGGCGUCAACUUUACGAAAAGAAAACAGUCUGAGCGAUAGAAGAAAGAUGCAAGACAUGAUCGAGGCGUAUGCAGAUGACGCUUCUGUUGUGAAUUCAAUGUCAUUCACCAAACGAAGAUCAACAUCCUUCGAUAGCAGUCAUGUCGGCCCCAAGCGGGACGAUCUGCACAGAAGCAGUUCAUGGUCGGUCAUUGAUGGCGAUGAAGAAGAAAGCAAGCACAAAAGAGACUCUUCCCCUGCAGGCUACGUGUCUAUUGCUGGACGCAACAAUAUUCCGGUAUUCUCACUGGUGGAUGAGCAGCUGUCACGGUUCCGAGCAAGAGUGGUCCAGGAAUAUCAGCCAGCAGACGACAUGUCGAUUGAUCCGUUCCUCUACAGCGAGCUGCCUGUAGCUACUUCUAAAGAGAAGACGAUCGAAGCUGGCAAUACAGAGCUGUCGAUGGUCGACAUGUCACAAGAGAGAUCGCAUCAUGCCAAUGAAGAACAGCUGCAGCUGAUGCGGUCACAAAAUGAAUAUGCUUUUGAAACUGAAAGAAGGUACUACGACGAUAGCGCUGAGAAAAUGCUGUCCCCUUGUAUAGAAGAGGAAGAACGUAUCGAAGAUCAUUUUGAUAGCGAGUUGGACAAUGAAAGCUAUUACACAGAGAUUCCAAAGUUUGCCAACCAGGAGGUGGAAAACGCGAUGGAGAUCGAUGGAUACAACGAUAGUUCGGACUUGAAAGGUGUAGGCGAAGAGGAAUGCGUCUAUCAUGAAGGUAUCAAGAAAUAUGCUUCACCUGAUAUUUCAGACGGCAAGAAUAGUCCCUGGUACAGUCCACUGCAAGUGCUGUCCUCGGACGACAGAUCUUUUAUGCGAAGAGAUCGUUCACUGGAAAGCAAAUCGACCACCAGCUUUCACAUCGUGUCUAUGGCCAAAAGCAGCCACUCGGACGAAGCCAUCACGAAGUACGGUGGCGUUCUCGACCACGCCUUGUCGCGCCGCCAGUCCGUCUACACAGAGACCGAUGUGGACACGGGGCUGAUAUAUCAUCUGGCCAAGCGCCAGACCACCAGGGCACAGGUGCCCAAUUAUCACGACCUGACCAGUGGGUCCAGGGAGAUCUACACCAUGAGCGGAGACGUGAGCAGGUCCACCAGCUCCAACAGCGCCAUCAGCACCAAGAGUGAACUCAGCGAGAGCCUCUACACGGGCGGCUUUUACAAAGACGAUCCUUUCUAUGCGAAUGACAACAAGGGCAGCGGGGGCAGCAGCUCCGAGGAGUCGUCCACCAAUAUCUACUUUGAAUCUACAGGCAUGUCAAAGCGCGAUCUGAGCGAGAUGGACAUUUAUACAGGCAGCAUUUUUAAUAGCAACCAGAACACAAUGGCAUCGUCGCAAGGUAGCGCCACGGAAACUGCUAAUCAAGAAAACGAUGGGAAAGACAGCAGAAUUAUGACUUCCUCGCGUUCAGGCGUAGUGAGACUGCAGCGCAGCGUCAGAUGCAGACCUCGUGCGGACACCACCUUGUUUAGACACAGCGACUCCACUUGGGGGUAUUUGUCUCAGCCAGUUCUGGUCUGCGGGGAAAGCAACUGCUAUGACGUGUCUAAUAACAGCAAUAACUGGUACGGAAUGCAAGACUGCGAUAAUUCUUGCCCUAACAGCACAAUUAUUACAAAAAGUGCAGAUCCCAUGUACACGGACUAUGAUCCCGGAACGAGACCCGAGUUCCACGUCAGGCGUAUCGAGAAGUCCGGAUCCGUGUUUGAUUUCCUUAAAUACGACAAUGUGGAGGAAACCAACAAAACCUUCUUCGUGCCGCCACGGCGAGAUGACCCUGGUACUGAUAGUAUUUGGUAUAGCGGGCUGCUUCACGACCAAAGUGUUGAGGGUGCGGAAACAAUGGUUACAAGGUCUCACCCUUCAGUAGACAGGUCCCCGUACUCGUGGCAGAACAAUGACGACUACUACACUAGUACAGUUCGUCCCAUCGUUAACAAGACAAAUAACUGCGGCCCCUGUAAAUAUGGUAGCAUUCCAUGUGACUCAAACAACAAUCAUUUUGAAGAUAUUUACACCGGAUCGUAUGGGGCACAGAACGUACCGCCUGCCCCGCAGGAACCGGCUCCACCCAGCCGACCACCCGCUGCGGAAAACUGGUACGUGAAACCGCCGACGGCCACGUACACUUCGUCCACCCUGUACGACCAGGCUUAUGAAUCAUGCUACACGGUGCCAGGCCCGGCUAGGAGAUCCGCCUCGGAUCUCUACGAACCGGUGAAAGAUCCCUACUCGGCGUACUCAGCCCCCAAACCUUUCCGACCAGAGCCGCAGACCGCCUCGGACUCCGGCGUGUACAUGAUGGAUGAUGGAUGGUGGAAGUACGGCCCAAAGGUCUCCAGUCCGCUGGACGAGCAACGGGCGCGAAGACCCGAAAAAACCGCCAGCGGGGAGCCUGAAAGCUACUUCAACUACGCCAGCAAGACCAGUCCAGAGCGCAAUUUUUAUGUGAUUGAUGAUGAUACCUACAGUUUUGAGCCGAAGGUGGAGAGCGAGAUGCCCGAAGCACCUGUCGUUAAAGAGAUCAAGACAGUUGGGGGCAUCGUUUGUCGUGAAAAUGUCGUCAACAAGGACGAUUAUGCUGAGGACAUUAACAGGGAUCUUGAGCCGGGGGCGUGGGUUCCGUUCACAUUUAGGCGGGACGAGGACUCGAAAUAUCCACAGGAGACAGCCGGCGCCCAUGACAAGCCAGAAUUGCAGAGAGCUUCGGAUGGCGGCGGCGCGUUGCAGGGUAUGAAGCAUUCGGACGAUACGUACGCCAACAAUCGUCUGUACGACAACUUUGGCGCCAGGAAAAACUGGCAGAGACCCCAGGGCAAGCAAGAAAAUACUUCUUCCAGGAGCAGAGACUCGUCUCAGCACAGGGCUUUUCAAGCAGGCGACACUGGAAGACAAGAUCAUUCAAAGUCGCUCAACCGAAACUCUUCAGAUAUAAUCCCCGACAAAGCCAGGGGUAAACGAGGCACGUCAAAUAUUUCAAAAACGACAGCAGAGAACAGCUGCGGGACGAAUAAGAGUUCCGGAAGUUCUAAUGUCUUCUCCCGUGUCACCAAGUACUUCACAAAAUGGUUGUAA